CUGGAGAGGGUGUGACGGACAGUGUGCAGUGUGUGAUAUAGCUUAGUGAGGUAAUGCAUGUAUUCAGAAACGCCUUCUUUUCACACCACUACAAUUUUCCAAGGCCACAGAGAUAAUUAGACGAGAUUUCAAGACAGUUUUUUUCUUUUAAUUAACUAGAAAUCUUGACAAUCUAUCACCAGAAAUAUAAUAAUACUCUUAAAAACACGAGUAUCUUCAACUGGAGCCUUUGGAAAGCAGUGAUGGUGAGAGAACAAAGCGAGUCCCAGGCGGUCAAGGUUCGUGACGAUGAAAAUGAUCAGGAAACCACGAAAUUCAAAGUGUACAAGAGACGAUGGGCCAUGGCCGCGAUGGUGCUCAUCCUCAAUUUGUCAAACAGUGGGAUGUGCAUUAACCUAUCAGCAGUGUCGUACAAGGCGGCAGAUUACUUCCAGGUGACGCCAGGUGAUAUAACGUGGUUCUCACAGGUGUUCUAUAUCACCUCCCUCGUUUUCUCUCCAGCCUCCACCUACAUCUUCAAUAAGUACGACAUGAAAGCUGGCGUCCACCUCGGUUGCGCCCUGAACUUCGUAGGCGCCUCAGUCCGGGCCCUUGCCACCUCAGGGCUUAUUGUUAAUAUCAGCACUCAGUUUGCCCUAAGUAUGUUUGGUCAGGCUCUGGUGGCGAGCGGUCAAGUAUUCAUUCUGUUCAUCCUCACCAAAGUCACACAAAACUGGUUCCCUGACGAGGAGAGAAUGAUGGCUACCACAGUCUUGGCCUUCUUCUCUCAGCUCGCCAUCUCCUUCGCCUCCAUCGUGUCCCCGCUAGUGGUGACGGCAAAGGAGGACGUCCCUAACCUGAACUACCUGUACUGUGGCUUGGCGCUGCUCGGGGAGGGGGCCACGGUGCUGUGUGUGACCAGAUCUCGCCCACCCACACCCCCGAGUCGCAGCGCCGCCCACGGGAAGGAGCGACGCCCCCCUUACCUGCAGCAACUCAAGUAUAUAUUCACCAGCGUCCCUUUCCUGCUGCUGCUGGUGGUGUGUGGCGCGGCUUCAGGAUUCUUUGUCUGUAUCGUGACACUCUCUCAGCAAAUACUGUGUGCUGUGGGCUACUCUGAUCUGUUCAUUGGCAUCGUGGUGAGUUCUUUCAUCUUCUCUGGGUUCGUGGGCUCUGUACUGGUGGCCGUGGCUGUGAACCGCCUGCACGCCUUCACGCCCAUCACCAAGUUGCUGUACGCCCUCACUGCUGUGUCCGCUACUGUCAUGGUGGAGAUAUACCUCAUACCCAACCAACACGCCCUCCUGCUCCUGUCCAGCCUCGUGUAUGGCGUGUUUGGGGGCGGCGUGUGGCCCAUAACGCUGGAGAUGGGCGUGGAGACUACAUACCCCGCGGAGGAGACCAUUAGCACUACUCUCAUAUUUACCAUUAGUCAGAUGUCAGGUGUGGUAAUGAUCCUGCUCACCACCACACUCUCCACUGACCUGCCCCGCGGCCUGCAGUAUGUGGAGACGUGCACGGCGGGGGUCACGUCACAGCUGGAGGCGCGGGGCUACUCAGGCAUCCUCACAGCGUUCAUGACAUUCCUCUCACUCACCAUCAUCAUCUUCAUCAUCUUCUUCCGGACCAAGUACAGAAGACAGGAAGAAGAGAAGACGUCCUCCUCCUCCUCUUCCUCUCCUUCUUCCUCUUCCUCUUCCUCCUCCUGCAGUAGUUUAUGAUCCUCCUCCUCCUCUUCUUCUUCAUCUGUUUGUGUUAAGUAAGUGUUAGAUACAAUUUGUGUGUGUGUGUGUGUGUGUGUGUGUGUGUGUGUGUGUGUGUGUGUGUGUGUGUGUGUGUGUGUGUGU